CUGAACACCUGCCUUCCCCUCCAAAUAUUAAUGGCCCCUUGAGAUGACCUAGAACCAGGUCUUCUCUGUGGUGAGCCCUCGAAUCUAUUCUCUGGCUUAGUGUUUCAUCAUGCUUCUGCGCCCGGCCACUUCUCAUCCGUUCAGAACUGGCCAGGGGUACCAACUAUUUCUAACAUGACACGCCGACUUGUUCGAGCGGGCGUGCAGCUCGCGAUCUUCGCUUCUUUCGUUGCCCUCCUCGUCUUAACCUUGGACAACCGGUUCCGCGUCCUCCCUGCCUCCAUCCACGGCCAUCUUCCAUCGCACUACGAUGGCUUCGUCAUCACAGAUGUAACAGUUGCGACCUGUUCAUCCAUCAACGUCUUUUCCAACUGCCAACCGAAUCUGGAGUCGUGGUCGCAAUUGGACAAAGACCUCUAUCUUCACACGGGUUGGACCUCCAGCGCAUUCAUCCGAUUUGAGCGAAAGAAAGAGGAAGAACUCCUUCCGUCCGACAAGGUCGUCAUCGAUCUGAAAAUUAGCCGGCUCGUCCCCGAAUACUCAGAGGAUCCCGAAUCCCAAGGGGAGACGUGGGAGCAGAGGCCUGGUGGGCUGUGGCUGAAACGAACCGCGAAGCGCCAUGCGAGCGAUUCUCAAAAAGCCAUCACCGCUGUUGAUAUUCUCUUCGGCGCUGAUGCGGUUGACCCGCGGGCUGGCUGGGAGGUGAAGGAUACUCCGCUGCUGCUGGAUGGCGGGACGGAAGGCCUCGAAGCCAGGAUCAGUGUUCGGCGGGGAGACCCUCCCAAGACCAAGAAGCCAGUGCCCAGGAUUAAUGAGAAUGGGCGGUUCAAGAUCAUGCAGCUGGCAGAUUUACACUUGAGUACGGGUCUGGGGGCCUGCCGGGACCCCGUCCCGGCCGAGCCCGCUUCGGGGCAGAAGUGCGAAGCCGACCCUCGGACGCUGGAGUUUGUGGAGAGACUGCUGGACGAGGAGCAGCCCGAUUUUGUCGUGCUGAGCGGUGAUCAGGUGAACGGUGAGACGUCGAAGGAUGCCCAGAGUGCGCUCUUCAAGUCUGUUAAGCUGCUUGUUGAUCGCAAGAUCCCCUACGCGGCUAUUUUUGGAAAUCAUGACGACGAAGGAAACCUCAAGAGAUCGGAGCUGAUGACCAUCCUGGAGGAUCUGCCCUACUCUCUGUCAAUUCCUGGUCCCGAGGAAGUGGAUGGAGUGGGGAAUUACUAUGUCGAGAUCCUUGGUCGAGGAAGCACCUCUCACUCCGCCUUGACUCUUUACCUGUUGGACACGCAUUCCUACUCCCCUGAUGAGCGUCAGUUCCGUGGGUAUGACUGGGUCAAGCCGACUCAGAUCCGGUGGUUCAAGAACACCGCCGCGGGGUUGAGGGCCAAGCACCACGAGUACACGCACAUGCACAUGAACAUGGCAUUCAUCCAUAUCCCGUUGCCCGAGUAUCGCGACGCCAGUAACUACUACCGGGGAGACUGGUCGGAGGUUCCAACCGCCCCGGGGUUCAACUCGGGGUUCAAGGACGCCCUCGAAGAAGAGGAGAUCCUGUUUGUCAGCUGUGGACAUGACCAUGUCAACGACUACUGUAUGCUCAACAAAGACCAUGAGAAGAAGCCCUCCCUCUGGAUGUGCUACGGAGGCGGUGCUGGUUUUGGAGGCUACGGGGGCUAUGGAGGCUACGUGCGCCGCGUGAGAUUCUAUGACUUCGACAUGAACCCAGGCCGUGUGGUGACGUACAAGCGGCUCGAAUACGGCGACACAGAGUCCCGGAUUGAUGAGAUGAUGAUCAUCGACGGGGGCAUCGUCAAAGGACCCGAUCAAGAGAACUGAGGCUGGAAAGAUCCCACUCUUUCCAGGAUAUUGAAUGCCCUUUUUCUUUUUCCCUUCUUCUUCUUCCUCUCUUCUGUCUUUCCAAUUCUGAACCAGGCGGACACUCUGAUUCUUUGUAUUAUAGUACUUGAUUCGAUCCAACUUCUACUACAGGGUUAUUCAGACGUGGCUUUUGCACGCACUUUAAAAUGGACUCCGACUUGAUUGAUGUUUGCGAUACCUAGU